AAAUCGGAGAUUUCGGUCAGUGUCGCAUACUACCCCAUCCCGAUAACCCUACUUUGACUAAAAGUGAUAUUGGAACUCGAGUAUAUAGGGCGCCGGAAGUUCUAAGUGGAAAAUACUCCUACCAAUCUGAUCUGUAUUCGCUGGGAUUAAUAAUUUGGGAGGUUGUUGAUCUAAUUAAAGAGAGUGAAAUUAAUAGUCUUUUUGACAAACUAGUUGCCGAUGGAGCAAUACAUCUUGUCACCGAUAAUCAUCCUCUCAUCGGUAACCUUGCCAAAGAACUCGUUAUUAAUUUAACUGAAAGACACGUUAAGAAAAGAUAUCAAACAAUAGAUGACGUCGAUAGAAUGAUUGAUAAUUGGAAAUCUGUACAAAUCAUGAGACCAAUAUUAAAAUGCCGAAAUGGAGAAGAUUUGGAGCUCUGCUUAUCAUUUUCCUUCCCGAAUUGUAUCAUUGUCUUAGGAGAAGGUGAUUAUCAAGGACGUUUCAUCGUUUCACACAACAACGUAAGGCUGAUGGGCAGAGGAGUAGACAAAACGAGGAUUAAGUCAUCCUUCAGUUUUGAUAUUUGUGGGAAUAACUGUAAAUUUUGGAAUUUAUCAAUAUCGCCAACCAACACCUUGAACUUUUCCCUUAACAUCACCGGUUCACGUAACAGAUUGCAAGGCAUUAGUGCUAGUGGAAUUAAUGUAAGUGGGAGUGAAUGCACCUUAACGGACAUAGCUGUUGAUAACGCCGUCAAUGGAAUACAAAUUUGUGGAAGUGAUAACAACAUUGAUGGCGUAACCUUUACAAAUAUUUCCAAUCAAUAUAUUGUGCUGGGCGAAUAUUCAAACAACUGCAUUGUUUCUGGGGUAUCGGUUAAAGAUAAUGGAAAAUUAACUUUACAACCUGGAACGAGUCCUUCUCAGAAUUUGAUAUUUUCUCCGCAAGAUGAUAUCAACCCAUCCGAGCUACGUGACACUAGCCUUGUAGAAGAUGUGCCUCCUCAACCUGGACCAUGCAAGGCAAAAAUCUUGGAACCAUCCCAACGGGCAAGUCGAGAUAUCCUCGCUGAUCGAAAUCCCCACGAUUAUCUCGAAAUAUAAGCGAGGUCUACAUCGCUCAGAAAUCCACAAGAUUUCCUUAUCGAAUUCCAUGGGAUAUUUGAGCUACUAACAGACAUAACAAAACGUCGUGACACUCUGUGCGAAAUCGAUACGAUUUCGAGAAAAAUUCGAGAAUUGCAAAUCAGCAUGUAACAUAUUAUGGACGAUUAGUGUCAGAAUUACUCUCGAUAUCCCUGCGAAUCUACAAGUAUUGUUAAGAUGGUAACUCGAAGUCGUAGCGAAUUUUUAGCGAAUACAAAAAGGACUAAUUAAAUAUAUCCAGAUCCAGCUGAUAUAUUAUUACUACCAUUGUGACAAUGGGACGAGUAAGUAAAACUCCAACGUUCCGUCUUUGUAAAAGGUCACAGUUUAGGAAAAUCAGCGCUAAUGUAGCCAAAUUUAUGUAUAACAAUGUAACAGAUAAUAUUUCACAUUUUCAAACUGAUAUAGUUAAUUUUAGCAGUUCACAAAUAAAUCCCCAGUCCGAAAAUCAGAACACAAUUGAAAUCAAUUUUAACGAAGACAAUUUAGAAAAUAGUGUAAUUGAGUCGGUGAAUGAGUUUACAAAUUUAAGUACAGACCAAUUUGCUUCAGUGCCAUAUAAUUUAGAGCAAGAUUUAAGAGAAUGGGGUGUGAAUAAUAAAAUAACAAGAUCGGCAUUUAAUGGAUUACUGACAAUUUUAAAUAAACAACCAAGCCUACCAAAAUUACCUGUCGAUGGCAGAACUUUACUAGCAACCCCGACAACAUCACUGGUUGAAGAGUGCGGUGGGGGACAAUAUAUUCACUUUGGUUAUAAAAGUAUAAUUGAGCAGUCAAUUAAAUUACUUCGACCAAACCCUAAAGUAAUCAAAAUUCAAAUAAAUAUUGAUGGACUCCCACUAUUUAAAAGUUCAUCUAAACAGUUUUGGCCAAUUUUAGGACGUGUAAUUGAAACGAAAAAAGUGUUUAUUAUUGGACUUUACUUUGGGAAUGAAAAGCCAAGUGACGUAGAUAACUACCUGCAAAAAUUUGUUCAAGAAACAAAAGCUUUAAUCGAAAACGGUGUAGUUAUUAAUAAUGUAAAAUAUGAGUUUAAACUGUCAAGCAUAGUAUGUGACGCCCCUGCUCGUGCAUUUGUCACUGGAAUCAAGGGUCACACUGGAUACUACGGUUGUGGAAAAUGCAUCGUUAAAGGAAAAUAUAAAGAGAAUCGUGUAGUAUAUUUAAAAACGAACAGUGAAUUGAGGACAAAUCAUUCAUUUCGUGCUAAUCAACAACCCCCUCAUCAUAAUUAUAGAACAGUGAUUGAAAAUUUACCCCUCGAUCUAGUUGGAGACAUCCCAUACGAGUUCAUGCAUCUUGUAUGCUUAGGAGUGACAAAAAAAAUUCUAAAAAUUUUUGUACAUGGAAAACGAAAAAGCUACAGACUAAAUAAAAAAUCAAUUGACAAAAUAUCACUUCGUCUUGAAAAGUGUCGACCUUGUGUGACAAGUGAUUUUGUGAGAAAAAGUCGCCCUCUCUCUGAAGUUGACAGAUGGAAAGCUACGGAAUUCCGCCUGUUUCUUCUCUACACGGGACCGAUCGUCUUAAAAGGAAUAAUUAGUGAAGAAUAUUAUAGACAUUUUUUGGUGCUAUCAAUUGCUGUUAGGUUGUUAUCAAUCACUAAUCAAACCGAACCGAAUUUAAAAUACGCUGAAGAUUUAUUACUUUAUUUCGUGGAACAAUUUAAAAAAUUAUAUGGAAAAGAAAAUCUAUCAUACAAUGUACACGGCCUAAUACAUUUGACCAAUGAUGUACGAAAACAUGGGGACUUAAAUUCCUUCAGUGCAUUUCCAUUUGAAAACUUUUUGGGAAAAAUUAAAAAUUUAAUUAAAGGGUCUCAUCUUCCCCUCCAACAAGUAUACCGCCGCAUCAUUGAGCAACAGAAAAACGAGGUGAGCAUGCUUCCGCAUACUGCAACUAAAAAUUCAGUGACUUUUAGUAAUGCUAAAAAAAAUAAUUCUUGCGCAUUUAAAAAAAUAGUAUUUAGGGACUCUAUAAUUAGUAAUAAAUCCCCUGAUAAUAUCAUUUUGCUUAAAACCGGUGAAGUAGUAGAAGUUAGUCACUUCGUUAAAAAUGCAACUGAUGGGAACGUAAUUGGACGUGUUUUUACUUCAAAAAACAAUUUCUUUGAGUAUCCGUGUAAUUCAUCGAUUGUUAACAUUUUUGAAGUUGAUAGUGCUACUAGUCCCAUAAAUACUUUUAACAUAAGUGAUGUUCAAUUUAAGUGUGUGGCUUUAAAACGAAAAAAUAAAAUUAUCGUUAUUCCUCAACUCCAUAAUUUCAACGAAUAAAAAAUGGAGCAAAAAUACGCCGUCGUCGUAUUUAAAGAGUGUAAAGAUAAUCAAGACAUAGAGACUGUGGAGGCCAUUCCAGUUUCAUGGAUAUCUAAUGGUUCCAUUUUAUGGCCGAACAAUUAUGGACAUAAAGUUUUAAAAAAAGCAAUCAAACGUUGUGAAUCGCCCAAGGAAGACUGGACACAAUAUCAAGGAAGAGUUCUUGGACAAUAUGGGACUUUGCAAGAAGCUAGACAGGAGUCCAAAGUUGCAGAGGGAACAUCUGAUUUAUCCAGCGCCAAACGCCGUGUCGUGAAGAAGAAUGUUGGACCCGUUACUCAGCUACCAAACCCUCCGCGACAUCAAAUUGAAGAAAUGGCUUCAACUUCUCAAACUAUUUACACAAUUCAAGAGUUGCUGGCUGCUGGUGUCGAUACGGGAAGGAAUCAAGAGGGGGACCACUUUGCAGGAAAUGAGGGCGACGACUUUGGAGGAAUGGAGCGUGGCGAAAUAAUCCUGAAUAAUGCAAUGAGCCAGGCUCCCCCGCAAAGGGUAGAAGAAAUGAAUAGAACCGUUGGCGAUCAAGGAUUACUCCCUGAAAUUCUAAAGAAAAUAGAAAGAAUAACUAUUGUACUCGAUCGCCAACAAGAUCAACUGGAUGAAAUUGUGCAGAUUUUAAAGAAUAAUCAGUAUAAUCAACCGCUCGCUUCCAGUCAGCAAACUUUCUCCUUUCCUUUCGGAUUAUUUCCACUUCGGGAUUCUGCAGCUCUUUCGUCACUGGAUGAGCAAUUAAAAAAUGAUGAGGCUGCCAAAAAUGCAUUGAUUCGUAAGCUGAAAGAUUGCGGGGGUGCAACUUUGUUAGAAGCCGUUAAAGGGAUGAUGUCCUUUUUAAUGACGGAUGAACUUUGUUCACUCUAUAGUCACAAAGGGAAGCGGGGAAAAUUGUCGCUGGCCGAUCAUGCUCUUCUUGUGAAUUCGAUUUUUGAUGCACUGAUGAGAAAUCCACGGACAUCUGGAGAAGCAACCUUGAUUAAGUAUUAUGAAGUGCUUCCGACUGUUUUGAAGCAAGCCCAUGAUCGAGUUAGACAAAGGAGAAAUGUAGCUGCUCAACCUGGCAAUCCUGAGUGAAGAUAAAAUUAUAAAUUAUAUCAUUAACUUAUUAAUUUUUUGAUACAAAUUGUAUUGGUAGUUAUUUGUUGUAAAAUAAAUUAAGACACAAACAAUGCAA